AGGCGAGGGGGGCAGCGCAGCCGAGCGGAGCCCAGGAGAGCAGAGAGCGAGCCUGAGCGAGAGACGGGGAAGCACGGAGGAGGAAGCCGCCGGUGCGUCGGGACGGGAGCGCAGGUGCUCGGGCACCCGAGCUGGAGCUCCGCAGCCGCCGGUCAUGUACCGCUCCACCAAGGGCGCCUCCAAGGCGCGCCGGGACCAGAUCAACGCCGAGAUCCGGAACCUCAAGGAGCUGCUGCCGCUGGCCGAAGCGGACAAGGUCCGGCUGUCCUACCUGCACAUCAUGAGCCUCGCCUGCAUCUACACUCGCAAGGGCGUCUUCUUCGCUGGUGGCACUCCUCUGGCGGGCCCCACGGGGCUUCUCUCAGCUCAAGAGCUUGAGGACAUCGUAGCGGCACUACCCGGCUUUCUGCUUGUGUUCACAGCCGAGGGGAAAUUGCUCUACCUGUCUGAGAGUGUGAGCGAGCAUCUGGGCCACUCCAUGGUGGACCUGGUUGCCCAGGGUGACAGCAUCUACGACAUCAUUGACCCAGCUGACCACCUCACUGUGCGCCAGCAACUCACCCUGCCCUCUGCCCUGGACACUGAUCGCCUCUUCCGCUGCCGCUUCAACACCUCCAAGUCCCUCAGGCGCCAGAGUGCAGGCAACAAACUCGUGCUUAUUCGAGGCCGAUUCCAUGCUCACCCACCUGGAGCCUACUGGGCAGGAAACCCCGUGUUCACAGCUUUCUGUGCCCCUCUGGAGCCGAGACCCCGCCCUGGUCCUGGCCCUGGCCCUGGCCCUGCCUCGCUCUUCCUGGCCAUGUUCCAGAGCCGCCAUGCUAAAGACCUGGCUCUACUGGACAUCUCCGAGAGUGUCCUAAUCUACCUGGGCUUUGAGCGCAGUGAACUGCUUUGUAAAUCAUGGUAUGGACUGCUGCACCCCGAGGACCUGGCCCACGCUUCUGCUCAACACUACCGCCUGUUGGCUGAGAGUGGAGAUAUUCAGGCAGAGAUGGUGGUGAGGCUACAGGCCAAGACUGGAGGCUGGGCAUGGAUUUACUGCCUGUUAUACUCAGAAGGUCCAGAGGGACCCAUUACUGCCAAUAACUACCCAAUCAGUGACAUGGAAGCCUGGAGCCUCCGCCAGCAGUUGAACUCUGAAGACACCCAGGCAGCUUAUGUCCUGGGCACUCCGACCAUGCUGCCCUCAUUCCCUGAAAACAUUCUUUCCCAGGAACAGUGCUCCAGCACUAACCCACUCUUCACCGCAGCACUGGGGGCUCCCAGAAGCACCAGCUUCCCCAGUGCUCCUGAACUGAGUGUUGUCUCUGCAUCAGAAGAGCUUCCCCGACCCUCCAAAGAACUGGACUUCAGUUACCUGACAUUCCCUUCUGGGCCUGAGCCUUCUCUCCAAGCAGAACUAAGCAAGGAUCUUGUGUGCACUCCACCUUACACGCCCCAUCAGCCAGGAGGCUGUGCCUUCCUCUUCAGCCUCCAUGAGCCCUUCCAGACCCAUUUGCCCACCCCAUCCAGCACUCUUCAAGAACAGCUGACUCCAAGCACUGCGACCUUCUCUGAUCAGUUGACGCCCAGCAGUGCAACCUUCCCAGAUCCACUAACUAGCCCACUGCAAGGCCAGUUGACUGAAACCUCGGUCAGAAGCUAUGAAGACCAGUUGACUCCCUGCACCUCCACCUUCCCAGACCAGCUGCUUCCCAGCACAGCCACCUUCCCAGAGCCUCUGGGCAGCCCUGCCCAUGAACAGCUGACUCCUCCCAGCACAGCAUUCCAAGCACACCUGGACAGCCCCAGCCAAACCUUCCCAGAGCAACUGAGCCCCAACCCUACCAAGACUUACUUUGCCCAGGAGGGAUGCAGUUUUCUCUAUGAGAAGUUGCCCCCAAGUCCUAGCAGCCCUGGUAAUGGGGACUGCACGCUCUUGGCCCUAGCCCAGCUCCGGGGCCCCCUCUCUGUGGAUGUCCCCCUGGUGCCCGAAGGCCUGCUCACACCUGAGGCCUCUCCAGUCAAGCAGAGUUUCUUCCACUACUCUGAAAAGGAGCAGAAUGAGAUAGACCGUCUCAUCCAGCAGAUUAGCCAAUUGGCUCAGGGCAUGGACAGACCCUUCUCAGCUGAGGCUGGCACUGGCGGACUAGAGCCACUUGGAGGACUGGAGCCCCUGGACUCCAACCUGUCCCUGUCAGGGGCAGGCCCCCCUGUGCUCAGCCUGGACCUGAAACCCUGGAAAUGCCAGGAGCUGGACUUCCUGGCUGACCCUGAUAACAUGUUCCUGGAAGAGACGCCCGUGGAAGACAUCUUCAUGGAUCUCUCUACCCCAGAUCCCAGUGAGGAAUGGGGCUCAGGGGAUCCUGAGGCAGAGGGCCCAGGAGGGGCCCCAUCGCCUUGCAACAACCUGUCCCCAGAAGACCACAGCUUCCUGGAGGACCUGGCCACAUAUGAAACCGCCUUUGAGACAGGUGUCUCAGCAUUCCCCUAUGAUGGGUUUACUGAUGAGUUGCAUCAACUCCAGAGCCAAGUUCAAGACAGCUUCCAUGAAGAUGGAAGUGGAGGGGAACCAACGUUUUGAAUAAGUCUGUGACUUAACGUCGUCAAGUAUGGCAUAUUGUCAUCAAGACGUGGAGCCGCUCUCCACCCCCCCGGGACUGUUGGGGGGAUUCUGGGGGCCAGAGGGGGAUAUAUAUGAUUCCCCAGGCCCUGCAGGAUUUGGGGGGGGGAGGUGGGAGGGCAAGGGAGGGGAGCUUCUUUUUAAAAUCAAGAGACUUCGAGCGAUCCCAGUUUCCAUUUCAAUCUGUAUUCACUCGUAGUGAGUUUCCUUGAAUGGGAUUUCAAGCGGAGAAUGGGGGAGUCUCACUUCCCCGCCGCCUUGCCCCAUUGGCCUGGGCCAGUUCUCCACUCCUAGGGGUCAAGCCACCCCUAGCCUUGGUGGGGGAAAGGCAGGGCCCACCUGGGCCAGCCCGUGCCCUGAGGGGCUCUUGACACCCACGUAGAAUUCUCUACACACCAGUAACGGGAUUUCAAUUCCGAUGGACUCUGCCGCCCUGGCGGCCCUUCCUGUGACUUUUGCGCCCCGCGCCUGGGGUGGGGGGUGCGAAGAGACGCUACGUUCCUUUCCGAUGGAGGAAGGCAGACCUGCCGUCACACGUGUGCUUGCACGAGUGCGUGUACCUGGUGCGGGACUCACCCGGCCGCCAGACUGCCUGGGCCUGCCCAGAUGGCCACCUCGUGGUGCUGCGGUGACUUUGUAGCCAACUUUAUAAUAAAGUCCAGUUUGCCUUUUUGGUA